CGAAAAGUAGCCGGAGGAUAGUAAAUGGACAAGCGACUGUUUUAUUAUUUUUGUUUAUUUAGUUUUUAAUAUUUGUUUCGGUAGAUCGUGGAAUCAGAAUUGCCAGAAUGGCUGAACCCGAUGACUUGGAGGAGAUUUAUCCAGAAAGAGAACAAAGCAACGUGAACGCAGAGCUGUUUGCACAGAUACUCCAAGCUAAGAAGGGAGAGCCAAAUAAAUUCAAUAGUUACUGGGAGGAUGACGACGAUGAUGUGGAUGUAUUUACUAAGUUGGAGUUGGAGAGUGAUCCUGCCAAGCGUAUUCUGACUGCGGCCGAGAAGAAUCUGAUGACCGUUGUCCAGUCAUUGUUGGCCCAGCAGCCUAGCCUGGUGAACUCACGCGACAACGAUCAGUACACACCGCUGCACCGCGCGAGUUACAACAACCAUGCUGACAUGGUGGAGUAUUUGUUGACGCACGGUGCCGACAUCCACGCUCGGACUAUCGACGGCUGGCAUCCUCUACACAGCGCUUGUCGCUGGAACUCGGCCUCCGCGGCUUUGGUGCUCAUCAGUAGUGGUGCGGACAUUAACUCUCGGACUCAGGGCGGCCUCACCCCACUUCACCUGGCCGCCUCAGAAAGAGACAGUCAUGAAACGCUGGAACUUCUCUUAAUGAAUCGCUCGGUGGACGCCAGUAUUAAGACUCAGCUCGGUGAGACGGCCAAACAGAUCUGUGAGCGGAUGAACAAUCUGUACGUUCUGUUUGAGCUUGUAGACGAUAAUAUCAACAUUUUAAAAUGAAAGUCAUUUAAGAGGUCUGCUGGUCAGGUUAGUAGUCCUCUACCAGUCCAACUGGAGGGGACUAUGUGUUUCAUCAACGUCCUUCUGUCUGUCUGUUUGUCCGUCCAUCCAUCAGAAGAAGGAAAUGUUUUAUUUAACGACACAUUCAACACAUUUUAUU